ACCCUCACGGUCUCUGGCAUUCUACACGUGUUUGGCGUUUGCAGCGUUUGUAUUUAACAAAAAAAUAAUUGUUUUAUUUAUUACUAAAUAUAUAAAAGUUAGUUAACUUAAACGCAUAAGCCGUGGCAACUACAGCAUUUUACACGAAAAAUGGCAAUGCUCGCAGAACCGCGCCGUCGCAAACGCUACAAUUUGUGUCCGCGCGGCAAGGCGCUCUACGAAGAUGACACUCGUUUCGGCACAAAAAUGCUCGAGAAGAUGGGCUGGUCCAAGGGCCGGGGCCUGGGCGCGAAAGAGGAUGGCUCGCAGGAAUUUGUGCGUGUGCGUUUCAAGAACGACGCCGAAGGAUUGGGCUACGAAAUGCGCGAUGAUCAAUGGACCGAGCACGAGGAGGGCUUCAACGGGCUGCUGAAGGCACUAAAUGGAGGCGACACCAAUGGUGAGAUUGCAAAUCCGGAGAAUGACGAUGCAUCCGCAUCCGAAGAGGAAAGGCGACCCAUGGGAUUUGGCUUCAAGUCAGCAGCUGCUGAUGAGGAGGUCAAACCAAAAACGCUUAAGGAGAAGAUCAGCGGGGUAUCGCUGGAGGAGAAGUCCAAGUACAGUAAAGCUCGUGUGCACUACAAAAAGUUUACGCGUGGCAAAGAUCUGUCGCAAUACAGCGAAAAGGAUCUGGCCAACAUAUUCGGUAAAAAAGUAAGCGAGGAUAACGCAGCAUCCGUUGAAGUUAUCCCAGCCGAACAGCCCGAAGAAGAAGAGAAACCGGUGAACCCGAACUUUUCCGGAGUGCAGACUGUGAUCACUGGUCUCUCCGUGAAUGAUUACUUCAAGCAGAAAAUGGAGGCUAUGAAAAAUAGGCUCUCAAAUGGUUCAGCCUCUAAAGUUACUGAAACGAGUCCCUUGUUAAAUGAAGCUGAAGAUAAAACGGAAGCUGUGACUGCAAGCGGAAGCAAAGAUGAUGAGCCACCUAAAAAAAAGAAGAAAAAGAAGGACAAAAAACAGGAGGAGGAACAGGCGGAAAGUGAGCUACCCGUAGAAACCGUUACAAGAAAAGCGAAGAAUAAGAAAACAAAACGUGCAGCGGACGAAGAUGAAGCGGAGCUGGAGAAAGGAACGAUCGAAACAGACGAAAACAAUCCUCCCAAGCGCAAAAAGAAAAAGAAGGACAGACAAGAGAAGGCAGAAGUUCUGAUAGCGACACCAGACCCAACGAAUGCUGAGCCUAAAAAGAAGAAAAAGUCAAAGAAAAUAGAGGAGACAAUACCUGAAACGACAGCAGAGACUGAGUCGCCUAAAAAGAAAAAUAAAAAAAGUAGAACAGGAGACAAAGAAGAGCCAACAAUACAACCAGAAGUAAGAGAGGAAACUGCGCCCAAAACGAAAAAGAAAUCUAAGAAAACAGUUGAACAGUCAUUGAAUGAUGUGGAGGACCUAGCGCAAGAGGAUCAACCCACAGCAAAAGGAGAACAAUCCGAUCAGCUGAUCGCAAAAGAGAAGAAAAAAAAGAAGUCGAAGGAGCACAAGUCCGAAGUAAGUGCCAACAAUGCUGAUAUUGUGUGCUCCGGCGAUGAUAAUGAUUCAGCAACAGAAGCGGACGCAGAAGCACACAAAUUCUUUACAAUGGAACAACUUAUUAAGAAACAUGACUCAUUCAAUGAAUUCAAAAUCUCUUCAUUUUGUGCAGAAAAAUUCCACAUACUAAACAUGAACGCCUUCAAGAACUCAUCGCUGGCUCAGAUAACUGGAUAUACGUUCGACGAUAACAUUAAACUGAAUAUUGUGGAGGCGAAGGACGAUGCGCAGCGUAUUACUGAUCUUUGGGAAGGUGCACAGUCUAAAUACACGCGAUCCUUUAAAACCAGACAUCGGAGACUUAACAUCAAGGAUAUAAAAAAAAUAAAAAGAAUCAAAGCCUUUGCGGGAAUUUAGGGAACCAAACAAAAAAAAAUAAAUAAAAUAACACAAACAAUAAGAAAUUCAAAUUAUUAAAGCAAUCAGAAUUUUAAUUCACCUGAU